AUGGCAGAAUGUCCAGGAUUUGUUCCUGCUGGAAAGAACAAAGAAAAGAGACCAAUAUUUGGUCCGUUACGAAAAGUCCAAGAUUCCUCUUCUGACAAACCAACACUGGUAGAAUGGCUGAAAGGGACUGUAAAACAUCAAAAUUCAGUUAGAUUUGCCGGUGGGUCGGGAGAGCCUGUGAAUAACAUCCACAAAGUUUUGGAUGCUGAUUUCAAGAAACACCCCAAUACUUCCCAUGUUCAACAAUCAACUAUCAACGAGACUUGUGACAAUGUUGCACCAGGAUUCUUUAAUAUACAAAAUUGGAGAGAAACUUUUGAAAGGAAAAUGCAGAUACCAAUGCAUACUGGUUGCUGCACUUCAUACACCGACUAUUCAGACCAUCUUGCUUCUCACUGCAAAGAUGUCUCCAUGGAGGACGACCUAUCAAACCAAGAGGACCUUUACUGGAAAGAAGAAUCAUAUUAUCGGUCUGCACAGGAAAUCAGAGAACAUAACCGGAAGUCCGAUAUAUCGAAGCUAAAUCUCGCUUCCGGAAUAGAUAGCGAUAUAGCAGAUAUUGCUGCUCAGCUGAUGCAAGGAGAUUCUGUUCUUGAUGUUGUAGACAAAAUGGCUGCCAAAGACGACUGGAAAAGCAAAAUCAGUUUCAGUAAAACUGAUUUUCAAAGUCAGCCUGCUAGAACAAGAACCUUGAAAUUAAACGACUGUUCUGAGGUUGUCGUCAACCUUAUCGAGAAGACCCAUCCGAUGCUUCAUAAGAAACCGAUUUCCAACACCAAGACGCCAUGUCAUACGCCAUUUUUACCAGUUCAUCGACAAAACGCAUUUAAUCAGAUUCCGAUUUCUACCACCUCGCUACUUCAAAGGUCAAAUGUCAAACUGAACUUCUUGUCAACAAACAAACACAAAUGA